AUGACGACGACGAGCAGGAUGCCACCGACGCCGCAGCAGCCGCAGCCGAUGCUUUUUGCGCAGCCCCAACAACAACAACAACCAACAACUUCGGCCGCGGGUGGCGCGGCGUCCGGCGGUUCCUCCUUCGACCGUAACAGUAGCUUGAUUGGAACGAAAUCUAUUGAUCAGUGUAAUGUGUAUUUACAAACCCUUCUCCCCAACACAUGUCGGUAUUUAUUCAUCCAAAAAACUGACAAACCAAACUUACCUCGUUUCGCAAAAGGUAGGAACAAAGUUUCACUCUGUUUGAAGUUGAUUCUGUGCCAAACACGACAACCGGUAAACCGCAGCACAUCUCUGGAUCUUUUUAUUGAAAUUUACCGUAAAGUUAGAAAUGAGAAAAAGACCUUCGAAUAUGGCAAUGUAAUUCGUAACGUCCUUCCAGCAAACUAUAAAUGGCCUAACAAAACGAUAUUUUAUCAAAUAAGUGGUGCUUUCGCAGAAAGUGAACUCGAAAACAUCAAACAGGCCAUGAAAGUGAUUGCCUCAGUUUCAUGCAUAAAGUUUUUCGAGCGUGCAAAUCAAGUAGGCUACGUCGACAUCACCUCCGAAGAAAGCGGCUGUUGGGCCGAUUCUGGAUACCAGACUACUAGAUCGCAACUAAAUCUUGGUCCCACGUGCGCCACAACCCUCGGUACGCCACUGCACGAGUUGAUGCACGUGCUAGGCUUUCUCCAUCAACACACCCGUCCGGAUAGGGAUUUGUACGUGGAAGUCCGCUACGAAAAUGUCAUCCAACGACCGGAGUUGCUGUUUAAUUUUGAAAUUAUCGAACCAUGGACCGACACGGGAUUUCCACUGCCCUACGAUUAUGACUCGAUUAUGCACUACACGGCGCGAAUGUUUAGCCGGGAUCCCGAUCGUUUGGAGACCAUUCGAGCUAGAAACCCAAGGAUUACGACCGUUGGACAGCGGGAUCGGCUUAGUGAGUUGGAUGUUGUUGGAAUAAAUUUACUGUACUGCGUUGAAUAA